GAUUGCAGAUGUUGAUUUUUGAAGCGCGAAUUUGAGAGAUCGAUUAGAUGUUGAUCAAUGCGACUGUCAAUCAACUCUUGGAAAAGCUGUGAUGAAAAGUCGCAUAGCUAAUCAGCGACUUCAUUUCGUUCCACGAAUUCUCCUCUUUAUUUUUCCCGCGCAGAAUUUGUUCUCCGCAAAUUUUCAUCAGAAUCGAGCGGCAGAGCCCUAGAAUUUCGAAAUCAAAAUCUGUCGGUUGAUUUGUCUGAGAGGACAGAGAGGGAAAAUGGCGAGCGAUGUGGAGCGAGGGGAAGAAGAAGAGGAAGAAUCGGCCAGCGAGGAGUUGAGGGAUCGAUUCCGCCUCUGUACCAUCUCCAUCGCCGAAACUGAAGCGAAGCGAAACGGCAUGGAAAUUUCCCAGCCAAUAAUGGCGUGUGUCUCCGAUUUAGCCUUCAAAUAUGCUAAACAGUUGGCAAAAGACCUUGAGUUGUUUGCACAGCAUGCUGGUCGCAAGUCUGUGAACAUGGAAGACGUCAUACUUUCUGCUCAUCGCAAUGAUCAUCUAUCUGCAUCGUUGAGGUCGUUCUCCAAUGAUCUAAAAGCGAAAGAACCUCAAUCUGAUCGCAAGAGAAAGAAGGUCACAAAAAAAGAAGACAAAGCUGCUAAAGAAGUGCUCCAUAUUGCUGAUUCCUAACAUCGGAGAUUUUCAUGUUUAGGUUUACAAGUAUAAGCUUUUUUGCUUCCCGGACCUCGUCCCCUUUGGAACAGAUGGGGGAGACACAGAAAAAACAAACUAAAUGUUCGAUUGUUGAAGGGACGAUGACGACGACAAUGCACAGCCAUUCAAACUUAUGAUGGUGGUGGUGGUGGAACAGCAUCAGCAAAUCCAUUACUCUUAUCAGGGAAAUUAAUCUUGUUACUUUUAAUUUUAUUUACUCACAUUACUUUGUUUAUUUCGUCACGUUUUGCCCUGAUCUUUUACAAUUUGAUCUAGAAAGUUUUGAUCGGUAUAAUAUAAUGGAUUGGUAGGGGUGAUUUGGGGCAAAAAUUUGUAACCAUGAUGAUGAUAUAUUACUGAAUAAUAUUAUUAUCUGGUAAAUUUGAUGUUUGCUCAUUGGAACA